AUGGAUAGAGCCAAGCAAGCCGUUUCUAGCUUCAUCUCCAAGGAUGGUCACCAUAAGACCAGCGUCGACGAAGAUGUCAACAGAGCCGUCACCGAGGAGCAGGUCCGUCCCCACCGCCACGAGGAGGUGACCACAGCUGUCGACAAGGAGGUUCACCAAGAUCACCACCACACUACCAUUCAGCCUGUUCAGCAUCAGGAGACACUUCCCGAGAAGCACCACCACAACAUCGUCCCCGUUGCACACAAGACUUUCGACCACGGAAAUGAGCGGGAGACCAAGGACACUCUUGACCGGGAACAUGCAAAGUUCAAGGACACUUCUACGACACACGAGACCACUCACACUUCAACCACUGCCCCCGCCGUCACCGGCGAGAGAGUGCACCACCAUAUCCACGAGCACAUUCAGCCAGUUAUUCAGAAGGACACUAUCCAGCCUCACAUUGUCCACACCACUAUUCCCAUUCACGAGACACACCACGCCAAGCCUAUCCACCACGAGGCUACCACCCUCCCCGUGAAGACUCUGGAAGAGUUCACCAGGGAGAAGGGAAGCCUCACUGACGGUCCUCGUCACCACCGCUACGACGAGUUUGAGGGUUGCCCCGACAAGUACCACAAGGAUCUCGGCAACACUCACCAGUCAGGUAUCGGUCACAGCCAUGACCACAGCCACGGCGCCGGCAAGGCAGCCGUGGGAACUGCUGCCGCUGGCGGUGCUGCAGUUGCCGCUCAUAAGCACCACGAGCACAAGGACGAGCACGAGCGUGGUUCUACUGGCCGCGAUAACAUUACCCAUAGCCAAACUGUAGGUGACAAGUCCAUCAGCACCGCUCAAGGUAUUAUGCACGGGACUCACCCUACCGGUAAGCAGACUACGGGUAGCAACUACACCACUUCUGGAAGCCCUACUACAGCAACCCAUGGCAGCUCAGGCUUGAACAAAUCUGAGCCUCGCUUCGGCUCCACAAGAACCAGCACCAGCCAGAGCGGCGCUGGCAAGGCUUCCACUACCGACCACGCCACUCACGACGCUACCGGCAAGAAGAUUUCGCUUGUGGAUAAGCUGAACCCCUUCAAGGAUGCCGAUGGUGACGGCCACAAGGGCAUUAUGAGCUAA